AUGAUAUCAUUGCAACGUUCAUCAACCACCUUGCACAAGAAGGAUCUCUCUUCCAACCCUCGUGCUCUCCGUCGUCUACAGACCACUUGCAAGCAUGCCAAGCGUACCCUUUCGUCAGCAACCCAGAUUGCCAUCGAGAUUGACUGCUCCCCUCAGUCGUGCCCUUUUCGAGGAGCUAUCGACAAGGCUAACGUUCAUGAAAUCGUCCUUAUUGGUGGUUCCAUGUAUACCCCCCAUAUUGUCAAACUCGUGUCUGACUUCUUCAACGACAAGGAACCCAACAAGAGCAUCAACCCUGGCGAGGCCAUUGCAUACGGUGCUGCCGUUCAGGCUGCCAUUCUUUUCGGCGACACCUCCGAGAAGACCCAGGACCUCUUACUUCUUGAUGUCAUUCCUCUAUCGCUUGGUAUUGAGACUGCCAGUGGUGACAUGACCGCCCUCAUCAAAUGCAACACCACCGUCCCCACUGGUGUCACAUCUGCGUCACUCCAGGUCCAUUCCAGGAUCCAGUGGACCCGCAAAGCCCAACUUUCGUCAUUUGAGGGCCCGCCCGGCAUGCUUGGUUUCUAUGAACUCCAGCUUCUUCUCCUUGUCUCCCUAUGUCUCAUCUCCCUCUCGAGCGCCAUGUCUCACGACAGAAAGAGCUGA